AUGUUUAAACCAAAAAGGAAAGAAAAUGAAGAGGAUCUAAUUUGUAACAAACACAAAAGGCCUUUGUUGAUGAUUCUGCAAGAUUAUAAAUUAACAUUAAUUGAAAGACUCAAGUGUUAGAAAUGUAUUGAAUUUUCUCAAUAUGAUGGAAAGAUGGAGGGGAUUGAAAAAGUUAAACAGGACAUUGAAAAUCAUUAAAAAAAAUACUUAGAAGAUAUAGCAAAUCACAUUGAAUAAAAUAUUUAGAAAAUAUUGAAAUUUUAGGGCACAAUCUAUAAUUUUAAAACUUCUAUCAUCUAAUUAUUAGAUAAAUUGAUUUAUAACUCAAAUCAAUGGGAGGAAAAUUUAAAAACAUUAGGUUUAUAGUAUGAAGUCUAUAGUUUCUAUGAAGAGUUAACUAAAUAAUCAACUUAGAAUGAUCUGGCUAAUAUAUUAGAUAAAAUUAAAAGUACAAAUGAUAAUUUGAGAAAAAAAGUUAAUUCCACACUAUAAAUAUUUUAAUCUUUUAGUUUUUAUCAAAAUUGUAAUGAUAUUUUGAACCGAAUGGAUUACUCCUAUGACAAUCAGAAAAUAUAACUUUAAGAACAAUAAAUAUUUCCCUGUAAAUUAUAAUUAAUUGAUGAUUCUAUUGAACAAUCUGAAGAGUGUUAGGCAAUUGUAUUUGAUCCUGCAGGAAGGCUUAUGGUAUCAACAAAUGGAAAGAAAAUAGAAAUUUGGAAUUUUAAUAAUGGAAAAAUAGAAAAAACCCAUUCAAUUUUCGAACAUACAAGUGCCGUGAGUUGUUUGGUAUUUAGUCAGAUUAAUAAUUAUUUCAUCUCAGGAUCAAUUGAUAAGACAAUUAGAAUGUGGAAAUAACAAAGUAAUAGUCAAUGGUAAAGUUCUAAACCAGGCAAAGAGCAUAAAGGAUUGAUUACUUGUAUAAUCUUAACUUAAAAAGAAGAUUAAUUAAUUUCAGGUAGUCAAGAUAAAUCAAUAAAAAUAUGGAAUGUAGAUUUCAACAACAAUGAAUUAAAAUUUCUAUAUUCAUUAGAAAAUCAUACCGGUUGCGUUCAUUCAUUAAGCUUAAAUCAAUCAGAUAAAGUAUUGGUUUCAAGCGGACAUGAUUCAAAAAUAAAAAUUUGGAUCAAGGAAUCAAAUGCAUUAUGGAAGUUUUAGUAUGAUGUUACUUAAUUAGAAAAAGGAAUUGGAAUGCACGUCAAAUUUCUUUAAGAAGACUUAUUUAUUUGGAUACCAUAUAAUAGAAACAUUUUAUGUGUAUUUGAAUUUCAAGAUGGUAAAUUUCAAGAAAAUAUAAAAAAGGAAGUUAAAUUUGAAAAAGUUAAUGGAACUUUUAUUAAUAUAGCUCAUUUCCCUAUAAUUUAUAAUGAAGAGAAAAAAAUUAUAUGCCUACGACAUGUGUGCCAUAUUAUUAUUCUUGAAGUAAAAAAAAAUGGAUUUUUAUCUGUUGUUGAAUAAUUAGAUUGUGAAUUUUGGAAUAUAAAUGGAACCGUUACAAACAAUGGGCGAUACUUAUUAUUUUGGGUUGGGGAAAAAAAUAAAUAUAAUUCAUAUGAAAUAAUUUAUUUAUGA